AGCGCGGAUUCCGCUAUUUCAGAUCUCGAAAUUUUCGUCUGACGCCAGUCAUACAGAAGCAGACGAUUUUCACAUCAUUGCCAGCUGUCUCUUGCCAAAUAUCGUCUUCACUGUAGAUUUUCCAUUUCCUUAACAAGCAGAUCAUUUCAGUGAUGGCAUUCAGUCGGCAAACUCUGUGGGUCGGAGCCUGUCUACCGAUGCUGCUUUUGUUCAUCCUAGCUACCCUGCACCCCUCAGUCUGCACGAGUAAUGAUUACUCCAUGGAUGUUCUCCGAGAACCUUCUACAGCGCUCUCUGACAACACAUUACGUCACAUCAUGCAAUUAAUCUCGCUAGAUCCAGAAGAUGCCUAUUCCCCAGAGUGGGCACAAGAUCGUCAAGAUAAGCGUCUGUCGGAAUUUCUAGGAGGACCUGGGAAAAGAGUUUCCGAAUUUCUUGGCGGACCUGGUAAAAGGAUCUCCGAAUUCCUCGGUGGUCCAGGCAAGCGAGUAUCCGAAUUCCUGGGCGGCCCCGGUAAAAGGUUAUCCGAAUUUCUCGGUGGCCCCGGCAAACGAUAUCCUGCUGGAAACGCCAUGCAUCAAGCACUGUCCAAAAGGGUGUCCGAAUUCCUGGGAGGCCCGGGAAAACGGUCCGACUACUAUGAUUUCCUGGAAAAUGCUGAAAAAAGAUAAGAAAUUCAGAAAUUUAAAACAAAAGUCCUCAUUGUUUCGAUCGAUAGACUUCAACAGUAGUACGUAGAGAAUGGGCCACUUCUGGAUUUUUGAUGCCACUAGACCGUCUGUCUCUUUUCUUUUUCGUCUUGUUUUGGAGAUGUUUUCGGACCCUUUAAACUCCCUCCCCCCCUGUCAAGUGUUCUAACUCAAAAGAGCCAUUCAAUGUUCAAAGCAUUGGAUAUUGAUAAAAAUGGAAUAAAAACAAUCCGUGUAAUAAAAUGAAAUGUUAAUGUGCCACGCCCUAAGUAAUAAUACAUAAAAUAUUUUAUGACUUCUGGCGUGUGUUGUAAUAAAAUACCUGUGUGAAUACUUACCUAGUAAUAAAGGAUUUCUUCCAAAAAGUAA